AUGAUGCGUUCCUUUCUGCUGCUGAUUUCCUUUUUGGUACUACGUCGAUGUUCAUUGGCUUCAUCAAGCGUUGUCGAACACACAUUUCAUGUGAUAGACCGAACAGUGGAAUUAUUAUGUGAGAGACGAGUGAUUACAACGGUAAAUGGAAGUCUACCAGGUCCUUUACUUCGUGUUCGAGAGGCCGAUACACUCAUUGUUCAUGUUUACAAUAAAUCACCUUAUGAUAUUUCUAUUCAUUGGCAUGGGGUUUUUCAGAAGUUAAGUCCAUGGGCAGAUGGACCAUCAUAUGUAACACAAUGUCCAAUAAAACCAGAAAACAAAUACACUUAUAAAUUUAACGUAACAGAACAAGAAGGAACUCUUUGGUGGCAUGCUCAUACUAAAUGGCUUCGAGCUACUGUUCAUGGAGCUUUCAUCAUACAUCCAAGAAAAGGACGAUCAUACCCCUUUCCCAAGCCCUACAAAGAGUUUCCUAUCAUUAUAGGAGAGUGGUGGAAUUCUAAUGUUCUAGAAGUUGAAGGUGAAGGGCUGGCAACUGGAGGAGCACCAAAUAUAUCUGAUGCCUACACAAUUAAUGGUCAACCUGGUGAUCUCUACCCAUGUUCUUCUAACAAAACCAACAAGUUUGAGGUAGUCCAUGGGAAAACAUACUUACUCCGCAUAAUCAAUGCUGCACUCAAUAACCAGCAUUUCUUCAAGAUAGCAAAUCACACCUUCACCGUCGUCGCCAUUGAUGCAAUGUACACAGACCCGUACGAAACCGAUGUCAUACUAACGGGUCCGGGUCAAACCGUCGACGUUCUCAUGACAGCCAACGCUUUACCCGGAUCAUACUACGCCGCCGCCAAACCAUACGCCAGUGCAUCAGGCGUACCUUUCGACAACACCACCACUACUGCAAUCUUCACCUACAAAAACACCACCACAUUUCAAAAUUCCCCAAUAAUGCCCGAUUUACCACCAUUUAAUGACACUCCAACAGCCCACAAAUUCUUCAGUAAUCUAACCGGGUUAAGAUCCGCCCCGUUUUGGGAACCACCGAUUGUAGAUGUGGAUGAACACAUGUUUAUGUCAAUCGGGUUAGGGUUAAUCGCUUGCGGGAGAAAUUCUACAUGUUUAGGCGUUUUCAAUCAGAGUAUAGCAGCCAGUAUUAGUAAUUUUUCCUUUCAAUUACCCACUACAACAUCAUUAUUAGAAGCACAUUAUUAUAAUCUUUCUGGGGUUUAUAAUGCUAGUUUUCCUAAUGACCCUCUAAAUCCGUUCGAUUAUACGAACCCUAAUGUUAGUUUUGACUUGAAUUUGUUGAUGACGGAGAAAUCGACGACGGUGAAGAGAUUGAAGUAUAAUACAACGGUUGAGAUUGUGUUUCAGAAUAAUGCGUUGAUUGGAAUUGAGAAUCAUCCUAUGCAUAUACAUUGCUUUAAUUUCCAGGUUCUUGCUCAGGGAUUUGGGAAUUAUGAUCCGUUUGUUGAUCGUGAAAAGUUUAAUGUUGUGAAUCCACAAGUUAGGAAUACUAUUGCUGUCCCUGCUGGUGGUUGGGCUGUGGCUAGAUUCCGAGCUAAUAACCCAGGAAUGUGGCUAUUGCAUUGCCAUCUGGAUGUGCAUCUAACAUGGGGUUUAGCUAUGGCUUUCAUCGUGGAAGACGGCGGCACACCGGAAUCAACCCUUCCGCCACCACCAAAGGAUUUGCCAAAAUGUUGA